CGGUGCUUCACAUGGCACGUUUAUUGUCUCCGCGGUCAUGGGAUAACGGCAUGAUAUAACACGGAGGCCUCCUAUAAUAUCGCCUCAAUACUUAACCCAAAUUUCAGAUGCGCACCCAUGGGACAGACCCAGACAAAACCACAACCCAAACCAUUCAAAUAUCGGCCCAAUGACGCCGCAUCAGUUCGAAACGACGGCCGAGCAACGCGAGCCCAUCGAGCUGCCCGUGAUCGGCACAUUCCCUCCGCAUGUCGCGGGAGUUCUGUACCGGACCGAACCGGCUAGGUACAAAGUCCCCGGAUCCAAGUAUCAGCUCCACCACUGGUUCGACGGUUUCACGCAGCUGCAUCGUUUUCAGCUCGUGCCCCGGUCAAGCGGGCUCUGUAAGGUGCUCUACAACUCCCGCCGUCAGGUCGAUGCGCUGAUUGAGGAGGUGCGCAAGACGGGCAGCCUGCGCGGCAUGACGCCCGUGCAAAAGCGAAACCCUUGUGCUAACUUUUUUCAAAAGGCCAAGGCAGUCUUUGAGAUCAUUUCGAGACCGGAACUCCGGGGAUUAUCCCAGGGAUUCCUUCCCACCCCAAAGUUCCCUCUAGACAGCACGGUUAAGGAGGAUUUCGAGUCUAACCACUCUGACCGACGCGACCUGAUCAAGCACAUUGACCCCGAGACCCUCGAGCCCCUAGGAGUGACGCGACAGGAAGGCCUGCACCCCGAGCCGAAAGGACCCCUGUCGAGCGCGCAUCCUAAACUCGGCCCCAUCACGGGCGACCUGUAUAACUACAACCUCGCCUUCGGCCGCCACCGGCAAAACCGAAAUUCUGGCCACUAUCACUGGGCCCGGCGUGCAGGCUGCCUACCUGCACUUCUUCUUCUUGAGUCGGGACUAUGGAUCCUGUGUAUUUGGUCGGCGCUGUUCGUGGCCGGGGCGGUCAAAGUCCUAUGGGAACGCAACCUGCUCGAUGCUAUGCGCUUCGACCCCGAGACACCCACGCGCUGGUACAUUGUCGACCGGAAAGGCGGGCGUGGGUUUGUUGCUACCUUUGUCAGUCCGGCGUUCUUCAGCUUCCAUACCAUUAACGCUUGGCAGAUGGACGAUGUCGAUGGAGAAGAAGAGGUGCCCCGCAACGGGACCACAGACAUUAUUUGUCAUCUCAUCCAAUACCACACUGACGAAAUGCUGCAUCGUGUCUUCUACGAGUGCUUGAUCUCGACGGGUUCCAAGGUCGAGAAGCACUACGGGAGUGACCGCUCGCGCCUUCGUCUUGCGACAGCUGAGUUGACCAUCGCAUCCGAUGCCGUGGGCGAUCUUCCAACGAUCAACCUCAAAUUCACCGGCCGAAAGACGCGAUUCGUGUAUAACCUCUGCACGCAGGAGAAGUCGUCGUUCUUUGAUGGCACUGCGAAAGUCGAUGGCGAUACCCAGGAAAGCACAAUCUGGUCUCGAGGUCGCCAUACCCCGGGGGAGGCAAUCUUCGUGCCUGAACCCGGGGCCGAGGCUGAGGAUGCGGGCUUCUUGCUGAGUGUGGUGUUAAAUGGGGAUAUCGGGUCGAGUUAUCUGCUGUGUUUGAUGCUUGGACGAUGACUGAGGUGGCACGAGCGGAGUGUGAGGCUGCCGUUGGGUGCGAGUUUCACGGGUCU